AUGCUGAGCCCUGUGGAAUUGUCUCUCUCCGCCUCCUGUUUCGACGCACUCGCAUGGUCGCCAGAUGGCGACCUUGCUGUGGCGGCUGGUGAGCAUGUCCAAAUCUUGACGUUAAAGAAUACUGGUCAAAGGUCUCCAGUACCUCAAGGCCAGGAUCAGUGGAACAUUACUCGCAUCCGCGUCAAUCUCUUCACCAAUACCGAGUGGCAGCCUAUCAAACCACAGAAUCGAGAUGACUUCUCGAUUGCGGCAGAGCAGUCAACCAGUACGGUGGUGGGCAUAGCCUGGUCUCCACCAGGGCUUGGGUGUUUUCGCCGAAGCGUGCUGGCUGUGUUGACGUCGAAUCUCCUCUUGUCUUUGUGGGAGCCAGUUGGCGUUAAAGGUCAAUGGACCAGAGUCGCCAUCGUAAACCAUGCUUUCCAUCUUGAUCCUUCUGCCCCAGGGAAACUUGAUGGCCUGGAACUUCGCAGAUCAAACAUCAGAUCAUUCCAAUGGUGCCCCCCGUUACACGCUCCGCCUUCCCCAAGUUCGAAUUCAGCACCCGGGCCUGAGACUCGCUGGGGGGUCCACUUUCUCAUGGCAACUAAUGAUUCCAACGAAAUUCUUCUUCUGCGCAUCCGCAGGCUGAUUAGUGCACAAAACCCAUCCCUGCCUUACUCCAUUGAAAAGCUGGCACUUUACCCGGUGGACGAUGACCAACGGCGUUAUCCUGCGGCUUGCUCUGGAUCACUUCUUCAGAGUGCCCUUCACUCUAAAGCACGCGUCUUAUCUGUCUCUUGUGGUCCGUGGCUUGAGCCAUCCCAGCCGACCAAAGACAGUGCUUCUUCUGCAGUUGCAAUGGUUGCCGCCGUAUUUGGAACCCUCCCGAGGGUUUUCAAGAUUACCGUCGCAUUGCAUGCCUCGGAUCGGGUUGAUGGCGAUGCUCCGAAAUUUGAGGCCAGAGCUAAUUUUUCUGACCACCCAUUGGGCCAGUUCGCCCCAGAGUGGACUACUCGCUGCGUUAAUGGGCCGCUCAAAUGGGCACCUGCGCCAAACCACUCAGGUUCAAUUGUUCUUUUCGUUGCUACCAACAUUGGGCUUCUUACCGUCUCCAUUCCUCGUGGUGUGUAUGAUGGUAGCGCGACUCAGCCUGAUCAGUUCGACAAUCGAGAGUGGCCUUUAUCGACUUUAGCCAAAGAGGAUGGCGAAGGUCCCAAAAGGUUUCUGGAUCCUAUUUCAGCCAUGACUGCAUUGUGUGAUGAAACGUGCGGGGCUUGGAGCCUUCACAUGGGCACAACGGGUGGGCUCGGUGCCGUUCUUAAUAUGGAUGACCUUGAGACGGACGACGCUCAGAAAUUUCCACGAUGGAGUAAACUCAUGGAGGAUCGCCUUGAGCAAUUCGACUUAAAUCAUGAUCUGGGAGGACAGAGCGUCGCCCGAGUCUGGGGAUUGGCGUCCCGUCGCGGUGUGAUCGCAGUGCUCUUCUCGAAACAUCCAACAGACAUGAUCGAGUAUCGAAUUACAUCCGACGACAAGUCCACCAUUGUAUUUGCCUCUGAGGAUCCAGAUUACUCGCCUGAUGUGCAGACACUAUUUGCUCCCAAUAGCUCCGCUACAGAGUCCUGGUCCGCUCAGGACCAGCGCGAGGCAGUAAUAGUUUUUCUACUGUCUAGCACAGGCCAAAUCGAUAAGGAUGACAAGGAGAGCCAGAGGCUCAUUUAUGCCUCAGCUUGUUGUGCCAUUGUUGAUCAACAGGGUGCAUCUAUACGCUCUCAAGCUCGACAAUCGUUUGAACAACUGGCAAACUUGACAGGCGCAGACUUGAACGAGGAGAUCUCGAAAUGCAGUGAUGACUCUGUCACGAUAUCCGCCAAAUCAAUUGAUCAGCUCAGCGGACCCGGUGCACACCUGUUUGAGAGGUGCGAGAUUUGUGAGGCAGGGAUUGCCUGGGCCUCUGCCACAGAGGCCCAAUGCGCAGGAGGCCAUCUUUUUGCGCGCUGCGGACUGACCUUUCUGGCCAUCCAAGAACCUGGGAUAUCCAAAUACUGCUCCCUCUGCCAGAAGGAAUACAUAAACGAAGAGAUAGUUGCUCGAUCGCGUGAAGGCAGCCUGAGCUCCACAUACAGAAGUCUCUUUGAGGCUUUUGAUACUUGCCUCUACUGCAGGGGCAAAUUCCAGGCUGGCAUCUAG